GGUUUUGUUAUUACUCUCUAACUGAGCGCAUGUCCGUCUUCUUGCCUCAUUUAUGAGCUAUGAUUCUGUUACUAGCAAAGACCGAAUUGGGAUUAGAAUUAAAAAUUAACCUCUUAAAAAGAUAAUAAUAUUUAACUAAAUGCGAUUGAAAUUAUUUGUUUCAAUUAAGUCUCAUAAUAUUUAAAUAUUAUUUAAGAUGGUUUCACGAGCUUUCAUUCAAUUAAGUGAUAAAGUUAAAUUAAUUUCUAAACCAUACUCUCUGAAAAUUAAUAAAGUUAUUAAUAAAGUAAAGGAUUAUGAAAUGCCAAAAAGAUUUAAAGGAACUAUAGUAGAACGUUGGGGAUAUUAUUGGAAAAAUGUAUAUAUCGAUUACAGAGAAGUUGUUGUCGAUACUAUAAAUGAUUGCAAGGCACGUCCUAUACGCGCAUCAAUAUUUGCUACAGUUUUAGGAUCUGCCUAUUAUUUAUGCAAACAUAAUCCAGAUGAAGAAACUUAUCGAAAUGAUUUAUUAAUGAAUGCUUUUAUAUUAAUGCAAGUAAGCGAAAAUAUCCGUAAUGAAGAAUCGGUAAAACAUAUAGAACUGGUAGAACGGUUUUUCAAUGAAGGUAUUUUAAGAAGAACGAAUUUCGGUAUAUUUUCUAUAAUAUGGUUGGAUAAUUACGACCGAGACUGUUUUCUCUAUAAAGCUGUCUGCCCUUACAUAAGACUGCAUUUUUUAGAGUUUUUUGAAAGGAUAAUAGAUAUAGGAGUUUUAGAUAGAUGGUGGAUAAUGGAGAAAAAAAUGAUGAAUUAUGACAUAAAUGACAAAGAAUUUGAAAUAAACAUGCUUAAGUAAAACAUUUAGAUUUUACAGUAAAUAGAACUUUGUUAAUUAAUUUUUGGUUUACAAAAUUUA